AGCGGGCGCACCCGGAUGGAAGGCAGCGGAUGGGCUCCGGGUAGGCGCGCCGUCAGCGUCAGGGGGGCAAACGCCGCGCUCCACUUGCACCCCGUCGCGGUCUUUGAUCCUUGGACCUUUGGCUCCAUGCUUUCCCCAAUCCUACGCGCCCAGACCAAAACCAGGCGCAGCCGAAGGAGGCGCGAGCAGGAAACGUACGGAACACGGGGCGCGAGCCCGUGCUACGGCGAUAAGAUCAUAAGAAGGGGGGAGAAAAGGAGGAGCGCGGCGUGGCGUUUCCGUCGCCUCACGUGUCCGUCCGUCGCUGGCCUGGCCCGGCCCGUUCUUGCUCGCGGAAGAGCAGAGGCGUAUGCCGCCCGGUUGAGGGAUGGAGGCCGCGGCGGCGAAGGCGCCCCGGCAGCUGCCUCGGGCGCGCCUGGCUGCGGCGGCGCCGUGCCCAGCGGUGAACGGCGGCUGCGGCGUGCUCGUCUUCUUCGCGGCGCUCGUCGCCGGGGCUAUCGUCUCCGCCUGCUGGAUGUCUGCCAGCGCCAGAGUAAGAAGUUACAGGUCACUCCGAUCACCCCUGCUGCGACUGCGAUCCCAACCAAAGCGCGAAAUGCUGCAAAGGGGCCUGAUCCAGCGCCGGGCCCGCCACGGUUCGCCGGCGUUGCCACAAGCACGAACCAGACACCCCACGAGCUGCUGCCACCAGCCCCGUCGCCCGCCGGAGCAGCAGCGCCAGCGCCUCGGGAGUGCCCGGCCUAUUUCCGGUGGAUCCACGAGGACCUGCGGCCGUGGCGCGACACGGGGGUGACGCUCGACGCGGUGGAGCGCGCGCGCCGGUACGCGCCCAAGUUCCGGAUCACCGUGGUCGCGGGGCGCCUGUACGUGGCGCGCUACGGCCGGUGCUUCCAGACGCGGGACGUGUUCACGCAGUGGGGCAUCCUCCAGCUGCUCCGCCGCUACCCCGGCCGCGUGCCCGACCUCGACCUCAUGUUCGACUGCGAGGAUCUGCCCGUCGUCGGCGCCGCCGACCAGCCGCCGCCGCUGUUCCGGUACUGCGGCAGCGAGGCGACGCUGGACAUCCCCUUGCCCGACUGGUCAUUCUGGGGUUGGCCGGAGCUCAACAUAAAGCCAUGGGAGGCGCUGCGAAGGGAGAUAGAGGAAGGGAACGCCAUGGCGAGCUGGACGGACAGGGCGCCGUACGCGUACUGGAAGGGGAACCCGAACGUGGGCGCCGGGCGCCGCUUCCUCCUCCGGUGCAACGCGUCCGGCGAGCGUGACUGGAACGCCCGGAUAUACGCGCAGGACUGGGGGAAGGAGCUGCGGCGAGGAUUCAGGGAGUCAGACCUGUCCAAGCAGUGCACGCACAGGUACAAGGUUUACAUCGAGGGCCGGGGCUGGUCCGUGAGCGAGAAGUACAUCCUGGCGUGCGACUCGGUGGCGCUCAUGGUGCGCCCCAGGUUCCACGACUUCUUCUCGCGGGGGCUCGCGCCGCUGCGCCACUACUGGCCCGUCCGCGACCGCGGCGCCGCCAUGUGCCGCUCCAUCAAGUUCGCCGUCGACUGGGGCAACGCCCACCCGGACAAGGCUCGGGAGAUCGGGCGGAACGCGAGCAGGUUCGUCCGGGAGGAGCUGGCGAUGGGUCGCGUCUACGACUACAUGUUCCACCUGCUGGCGGAGUACGCGAGGCUGCUGCGGUACAGGCCCGCCGUGCCGCCCGGCGCCGCGGAGGUGACCGUCGAGUCCAUGGCGCGGGGGCGGCGGGGGCUGGAGAGGCAGUUCAUGAUGGACACGGUGGUGGCGGCGGACGGCGGCGCGGUCGGCGAAGGGCCGUGCAGGCUGCCGCCGCCUUUCAGUGCCCAAGAGCUGGAGGCGCUGCGAAGGGAGAGGGCGGAGGUGGUGAGGCAAGUGGAGGCGUGGGAGGAUCAUUCAGCCGACACACGUAGAGCGUAGCAGACUAGAAUACGAGGAAAAAGGAUGCCAAGACUUAUGGUCGUUCUUAAAAGACCAGAGUGAAAAAACCAGAUGCAGUAGAGUGAAAACAAGAUUUGUAUUGCAAAAUUUGGUCAAAGAAAUACAUAGACUCAUAGAGUGACUUUGUGCCCCA